AUCUUCAAUUCUGAUGUUUUGCCUUCCGUUCUAAUCAAUCGAAACGGUACAGCUAUUGAUUCAUCGCCUUUAUCAUACUUCUUAACAUCAUCAACCCAAGUCGACCACGAUCUGACACUGAAUGUGGCUUAUCCCUUUGCAAGGCGGUGUCUCUACUCCUAUAAACGAGAAUUCUGGGAAGCCAAGAACUUCAAACACGGUGGUGAGCUUACGAUGGUGAAUAUAUAUAUGCUCUUACUGGAUUCAAAGGUCAUGUUACGCUGGAGCAGGAAUCUGUUCUUUUCUAAUAUUAUGCCCUUCGAAGAGAAAGGUCUUGCUGACGAGUGGGAAAAAGUUGGGAUGUAUCUCUCAGGGUUCAAUAAGCUCGAUGAUAAUCGAUUCUCUAUGGAAAUUUUAUUUGAGAUUAGGACAAAGAAAUGUCAAAAGGUUUAUGAAGAUCUUUACAAAGAGAUGACUCAGCUUCUGACUCGAGAUCAUUUUAGGAAUAUGAAUCCAUCUGAUGAUGCUGUUGUGGAUGAUAAAGCACCUUUAUGGAUUUAUGUGAACAAGAUUGAAAAGAUAGCAGAAGGGAGAUCAUGGAGGUUUGAAUACAAAUUCUGCAGUAAUACAUAUGUUGGGUCUUAUACUAGAGUUGUGACUCAUCUUUUGCAAGAAGGAAUUAAGGGAAUCAAAGAAUGCUUGAAAGUUACUCCACAACAAAAAAUUAACAUGAAAAAAUUGGUUAAUGAUUGCAAGGAGAGGAUAAAACGUGCAGCUUCUACACCAGUUCCAUUACCUUCAUCAUCAAGAAAGGCAUCUGCUUCUUCUCUUAACUAUGACAUGACCUACAAAUUUCCUGAUACAAGUGAUACUGAGUCAAAGAAGAGAAAAGGAAUGGGCUCAGCUUUAGAAAAAGCAUUCAACAAUCAGGCCAGAGCAGUGUGAUGGUGAAAUAUUUAGAAUGUUCUGUACAAGCGGCUUGUCUUUUAACGUUACCAGAAAUCCUCAUUAUCGCAAUUCAUAAGUGCGUUCAUCACAAAUUCCAGGAUAUGUUCCUCCUGGUUAUAAUGCUUUGAGGACUACACUUAUCCAAAAAGAAAGAAAGAACAUUGAAGUGCAUUUGCAGCCUUUGAUGGAUUCAUGGAAACAGAAGGGAGUUAUCAUAUGUACUGAAGGCUGGUCAGACCCUCAUCGAAGACCUAUCUUAAAUUUGAUUGCUGCGAAUGAGAGUGGUCCAAUGAUGUUAAGAGCAGUCAACACUCAAGGUGAAGCAAAAACUGGUGAGUGAUUGCAGAAAUGAUCAUAGAAUGCAUCAAGGAGGUUGGACAUGAGAAUGUGGUUCAAGUACUCACAAAUAAUGCUUCAAAUUGUGUAAAAGCUGGUGCACUUAUUUCAGCUAAGUUUCCUACUAUCUUCUGGACACCAUGUGUGGUUCAUACUUUGAAUCUUGCUCUCAAAAACAUAUGUGCACCUGUUUAUAAUACAAGAAGCAAUGAAGAAGUGUAUUAUGCUUGUUAUUGGAUAAAGUCUAUAAGUGAGGAUGCCACUUGGAUCAAGAACUUUAUUAUGAACUAUGGAAUGAGGCUUGUCAUGUUCACAGAGCAUUAUGAUCUUAAGCUCCUUACAAUUGCUUCGACAAGGUUUGCCUCAACAGUUGUGAUGCUUAAGAGAUUCAAAAAUAAAAACUGGGUUACAACAAAUGGUGAUCAGUCCUAAAUGGGAUGAUUAUAAAGAUGAUGGUGUAGAAAGAGCAUCAGCAAUAAAGAAAAAGAUAUUAGAUGAGAUGUUCUGGGAUGAGAUUGAUUAUGCUUUAUCUUUCACUUUGCCGAUAUAUAAUGUGAUUAGAGAAGCUGAUACUGAUAAGCUUUCACUUCAUCUGGUUUAUGAGUGGUGGGAAAGCAUGAUACAGACUGUGAAAAAGGUUAUCUUUAGAAAGGAAAGGAAAGAACUUGAAGAUGACUCGGUUUUUUGGAAUGAUGUGCAGUCUAUUUUGACCUCUCGUUGGAGUAAGAGUAACACUCCUCUCCAUUGUAUGGCACAUUCUCUAAAUCCCAAAUAUUAUAGCUCAGAGUGGCUUGGAGAAGAGAAUAGUAGAAAAGGUCCACAUCAAGAUUUGGAGAUUACUAGAGAAAGAUAAAAUUGCAUCAUGAAGUAUUUUCCAAAUCAAGAUGAAACCAGAGAGGUUAACAUUGAAUAUUCUAAUUUCUCUUUAAGCUUGGAAGAUUUUGGUAGUGUUGAUGCAAUCCAUGAUAGAUUUAUCUUAGAACCUUUAAGAUGGGGGGCAGUUCAUGGAUCUUCAGCUCCAAAGCUUCAAGCCUUAGUAUUUAAGUUGCUUGGACAGCCUUCUUCAUCCUCAUGUUGUGAAAGGAACUGGAGCACUUACAAGUUCAUCCAUUCAACAACAAGAAACAAGAUUAUGCCACAAAGAGCUGAAGAUUUGGUAUUUGUGCAUACUAAUCUUCGUCUCCUAUCUAGAAUGAGUUCUGCUUACAAAGAAGGCCCUAACAAGAUGUGGGAUGUUGGAGGUGGCCAAUUUGAUUCUUUGGAUGAUCUUAAUAUUGGAAGACUUGAGUUUGAAGAUCUUUCUCUUGAUGAACCAGAGCUAGAGGCUGUUGUGUUUGAUGGAGAAGAUGAAAAUGAGUGAAACAAUUGAUCUUUGACAUUGAAUGUUUUUAUUUCCAGUUGAGUUGAUUAAUAUUUAAGACUUUGUUGGAUUUGUGUGUUUUAGACAUUUUUAAAUUUUCAGAUUUAUUUUAUAUGUGGGUUUUUAUUUUAUAUAUAUAUAUAUAUAUAUAAUUAUAUACGCUUCCAACACAGAUCCGCUUCCUAUUAUUUUUUUUUAAACUCGUUUCUACGCUUCCAUACGAUUCCGCUUCCGCGUUUCCGCUUCCGCGUUUCCGCUUCCGCGUUUCCAUGUAACGUAGAUCAAAUCAGAGCGUUAACCUUCCAGUUCUGUGGUGCAAGAAGAGAAUGGGAACGUCUCAGGUCAGACUGCAAAAUGGGUCUCUUCCAGGGAGGCGGCUGAGCUGUCUGGAGGAUCGGACAGGGGUACAAGACAGAAAGCGUCUGAGAAAACUGUAAAGACGGAAGAUGGUGUUUUGGGCGAGUUUCAUGGUUCCACAAAAGCUUCUCGCUGGCCCAUGGUUGAAAGAUCUCCUUCUUCCACAAGUCUUGACCGGAGAUUCAAUAAUAAUCAGAGUAGUGCAAGAUGGAGCAGUGAGGUUGAAGAAACAGGCCUUAGGAACAACGCGAAAGAUUUUUCAGCACCUGAGGAUGAAAGGCAUCGGGUGGAUGACACAUCACAGGGAAAUAUAUCCUUUAACAAUAAAGCCUACCUGAGAAAGUGCCAUUGAAGAUAGGAAGGAGUUUGGUAGAUCUUCAAGCCUAUACUUCUGAGUUGUUGAUGCUGUUGGGAGCUGUAAUAAAAUUACGUUCUUCGGCUGGAUGACAUUGUUUCUGCAUAUUUUGAGUUGUGAAGUUCAGGUACUCUCCUUCACAAGUAUUUGCUGUGUUUUUGUACUUUAUA